AUGACACGAAAGAUCAGAAUUGCGAUUUCGGGAGGUGGAGUGGCAGGUGCGGUGACAAUUCACGCCCUGCUGAAGCACUCUCACCUCGAUCCUCACAUCUUCGAGUCUGCACCGGCCUUCAAGGAAGCUGGUAUCGCUUUCGGUGUGACUCGUCAAGCUCGUACUUCACUGGCAUUGAUCGGCGACUCUGCAACGGAAUGUCUAAAGCGUGCUGGAGGCGUUCCUAUGAAAGGGGUACGCUUCUUCCUUGGUGAGGGAAAGGACGCUGGGGAGCUUGUGCACGAACGGGAUAAUGAGGCCAUGGGCAAGACCACGACGACCAUCGUACAACGAGCAAAUUUCCUUAGGGAGAUGCUGGCCGAUAUUCCUCCUGAACGAAUGCAUACCAGCAAGAAGCUGGAAAGUGUAGAUCGUCAAGGAGACGGCUCACUUCUUCUCCAUUUCGCUGAUGGCUCCACGCACGAGUGCGACAUCCUCAUUGGCGCCGAUGGCAUCCGUUCAACAGUCCGGAAAAUUAUUCUGGGUGAAAGUGACCCAGCAGCGAGCCCUCGCAACAGCGGGUCCUGGGCUGUGUUCACGAUGCAUCCGUAUGAGAAGGCGAGAAACAGUAUUGGUAAUGCUCCAGUCAACCAAGAAGACGCGCGAGAGUACGGCUGGACCGGCGAAGGGGGCUUCAUGUUGCACAAUCUCUUUAGCAAUGGAUCGCUCGUCCAAUUCACCGUGACUGGCAUUGAUCAGGACGCCAUCGAUUCCGAUAAGUGGCAACGCACAUUUACUCCCAAGGACUUCGAAGAAUUGUACAUCAGCAAAGGCUGGGUAUCGCAUAUGGAGCAGGCUGUGACCGACCUGCUUUGUGACGAACCAGAACGCCGGGGCAUAUAUCUUUUCGAACAUCCACACGCUCGCACCUACGUCGAUGGACCGAUAUGUGUCUUGGGCGACGCAGCACAUGCUACGACACCGUUCCAGGCAUCCGGAGGCGGCAUGUCCAUCGAGGACGCCAUGGUCAUUUCAGCUCUCUUAGGGAACGCCACAUCGCCAGCUCAGGCGCAGACUGCGUUGAAGGUCUACGAUCAGGUUCGACGUCCUCGAACGCAGAAGAUCGUAGACUCAAGUUGGGUGACGGGCAAGAUGCUCAUGGGCGUUGAUGAGAGCGCUGGAAUGGAUCCGAAGAAGCUCAAAGAGGCCUUGCUGCAUCGCUGGGACUUCAUUCUGGAUUUCGACAUCCCACAACAUCGGGAGGAGGCUCUCAACUUGUUGAAACAGCAGGUGUGA